AUGACGUUGACGGCAGAUUCAACAUCUCCGGCAGCGGACCAUCAAUCGGAGGAACUCCAAGUUAAAACCAGCAGCUCAGCAAUUUUGCGAUUCGUUCUUCUCUUAGUGUUUUCCGAAGUAAUUGUGUCACAGUCUAUCGUCAAGACUCUUCCGGGCUUUCCCGGUGAUCUUCCAUUUAAACUUGAAACUGGUUACGUUGCUGUAGGAGAAAGAGAUGAAGUGCAGUUGUUCUACUACUUCGUUGAAUCAGAAAGGAAUCCAACAGAUGAUCCUCUCAUGCUUUGGCUUGCCGGAGGUCCUGGUUGUUCUGCUCUUCGUGCCUUCUUCUAUGAAAUCGGCCCGUUCACAUUCAACUAUGAAAAUUCCGGUGGAAACCAACCAACAAUGGAGUUGAACCCAUACUCUUGGACAAAGAUUGCCAACAUUAUUUUUAUAGAUCAACCAGUUGGGACUGGAUUCUCCUAUGCCAAUACUUCGGAAGCUUACCUCAGCAGCGAUACAAUAUCGGCAACACAAACUUAUGAAUUUCUUAGGAAGUGGCUUGUGGACCACCCCAAGUUUCUCAACAAUCCACUGUACAUUUGUGGUAUCUCCUACAUUGGCAUGGUUGUUCCAAUCAUUGUGGAGGAGAUAUACAAUGGUAAUGAAGCCGGAAAUGAGCCUCAAAUGAAUAUUAAAGGAUACAUGCUUGGCAACCCUCUAACAGAUAAAAAUAGAGACGUUAAUUCAAGAAUACAAUAUGCCCAUCGUGUUACACUUCUAUCUGAUGAACUCUACAAGUCAACCAAAGCAAAUUGCCAUGGCGAGUACGUAGACGUAGAUCCUAACAAUGGAUUGUGUACAAGUGAUCUACAAGACGUAGAAAAGUGCAUCGAGAAAAUAAAUUUGCCACAAAUUUUGGAACCCUUGUGCGAUACAUCACAUGUAAACUUGAGCUUGCUAAGAUGGGACAGAAGCUCUCUUGAAGAGAAUUCCAUGGACCCACUGUGGUCACUACCUCUACUUCCAGAACCAGGGUGUCGUGACUUUAUUUAUAAUUAUGCGACUAUGUGGGCUAAUGAUAGAGCUGUUCAAAAAGCACUUCACAUUCGCGAGGGAACAAUAACAGAAUGGCUGCAUUGCAAUCACAGCAUAGAAUACUCAUUUGGUAGAAGUGCAACCAAUGCUUACACAUUCAACGUCCCUAAUACUGUUGGUUAUCAUCGAAAUCUAACGAACAAAAAUUGUCGAGCUUUAAUAUUCAGCGGCGAUCUUGACAUGAGAGUUCCUCAUCUGGCUACUGAGAAAUGGAUAAAAUCUCUAAAUUUGACGGUUGAAAGUGGUUGGAAGCCGUGGUUUGUUAACAAUCAAGUAGCAGGAUAUACAGUUUCUUAUACGCACAACGACGACUACUCAUUGACAUAUGCAACAGUAAAGGGAGCGGGUCAUACUAGUCCAGAGCAUAAACCUAGUGAAUGUCUAGCAAUGUGGCUUGUGGACCACCCCAAGUUUCUCAACAAUCCACUGUACAUUUGUGGUAUCUCCUACAUUGGCAUGGUUGUUCCAAUCAUUGUGGAGGAGAUAUACAAUGGUAAUGAAGCCGGAAAUGAGCCUCAAAUGAAUAUUAAAGGAUACAUGCUUGGCAACCCUCUAACAGAUAAAAAUAGAGACGUUAAUUCAAGAAUACAAUAUGCCCAUCGUGUUACACUUCUAUCUGAUGAACUCUACAAGUCAACCAAAGCAAAUUGCCAUGGCGAGUACGUAGACGUAGAUCCUAACAAUGGAUUGUGUACAAGUGAUCUACAAGACGUAGAAAAGUGCAUCGAGAAAAUAAAUUUGCCACAAAUUUUGGAACCCUUGUGCGAUACAUCACAUGUAAACUUGAGCUUGCUAAGAUGGGACAGAAGCUCUCUUGAAGAGAAUUCCAUGGACCCACUGUGGUCACUACCUCUACUUCCAGAACCAGGGUGUCGUGACUUUAUUUAUAAUUAUGCGACUAUGUGGGCUAAUGAUAGAGCUGUUCAAAAAGCACUUCACAUUCGCGAGGGAACAAUAACAGAAUGGCUGCAUUGCAAUCACAGCAUAGAAUACUCAUUUGGUAGAAGUGCAACCAAUGCUUACACAUUCAACGUCCCUAAUACUGUUGGUUAUCAUCGAAAUCUAACGAACAAAAAUUGUCGAGCUUUAAUAUUCAGCGGCGAUCUUGACAUGAGAGUUCCUCAUCUGGCUACUGAGAAAUGGAUAAAAUCUCUAAAUUUGACGGUUGAAAGUGGUUGGCAGCCGUGGUUUGUUAACAAUCAAGUAGCAGGAUAUACAGUUUCUUAUACGCACAACGACGACUACUCAUUGACAUAUGCAACAGUAAAGGGAGCGGGUCAUACUAGUCCAGAGCAUAAACCUAGUGAAUGUCUAGCAAUGGUUGAUCGGUGGUUUGCUCAUUAUCCUCUUUGGUUUCUUAGUGUGAGACGUCGAUUAAUAAGGGCAACUGUGUUGUGCCGGCACAUAACUCAUCAAGAAGUUUUUGUAGCACUAGAGGGAUUGCAACAUUCCUUGUUGAACCGAUGUGGAAUGUUGAAUAAAGAGUCAAAAAAGAUGUUUCAGUUGGAACUCUAUAGGGGUUAG